AUUAAUUGAUUAUUACUAUUAGACCAUUAUUUUCAGAUUAUUAUCGCUGAUUCACUCAAUCGGCCCCUUGACUGGAACGGCUGACCCAACCCAAGUCUGUUAUUAAACGGUGGCUCCCCACUUCCAACUACUCAACAACCCCAUCCUCAACCAGCUCGACCGUCUCCGCAAAACCCCAUUAAUAUUUCCACCUCGAUCUUCAACAGCAGCUUCAGAGCCAUCGGAGCGAGUUAGGUUAAUCUUGUGAUCACAAAAAACCAACACAAUAAAAUAAAAAAAAAUGUUGCCAGCAGCAACAGCAAGUGACAGCAGAACUCCAUUUGUUGCCAGCGGCGGCGGGCUUCAUCAUCAUAUCGCCAGGCCCAGAUCCGGCGGGCUUUCUGCACUAGGCCGUGGUCUCGCUCUGCGGCAGGUGAUUUCGUCGUCGGCGGUGAAAUGCUCGCUCUCAUCGACUCCGCCGUCCGCCGCCGGGAUCAAGAUGUUGGGCCGUCCUUGCACCGCCUCCACCUUUCCACAUCCGAGGCACUCCUCUUCCCGACGCACUGCUGACGUGGCUGUCCGGAGUGCCGGCGUUGACCCGGUGGCAGUAGCAGACGCUCUCCCCGCUGGGAUCUCCCUCCCCUUCGAUCUCCCUCACGAUUCCCAAUGGCAACUAUGGCUUCUAGGUGCGGUGGCGAGUUUCGCUAUACCAUUGGCAACCGGCAAGUUGGGCCCGCUCGGGAAGUUAUUCGAUAAGUUUGAUGCGGCGGUGGACACGGCACAAGGAGUGGCGGAGAUGGUGGAUCAGAUGGCGGAGAAGGUGGAGGAGGUGGCCGAUGACAUUGGGAACAGCCUGCCGGCGGGUGCUCUGAAAGAAGCACUGGAGUAUGUGGAGAAUCUGGCGGACCAGACGGAAAAGGCUGCUGAAUAUGCUGGCGAUCUUCUCGAUAAGGUGGAAGAAGUGGGGGACAAGGUAGAAGCAUUUGCCGAGUCAGCCAUCGCCAAGAAACCCAGCUCCAGUUCCAGUACUAUUGUGGUGGUGUCACAAGAAGUGAAAGCUGAGAUUUAAUCAAGUACAUUCCUGCACUUCAUACUGCGAAAUUCAUGGUCAUUAUGGUGAUAUGGACUACAGUUGAAGAGAGAUUAUCAUGUUGAAGACACAACGAUGACUUCCAAUUGUCUUGUCCUUAUUGUUUGCUUGUAUCACCUCCACCUAGCUAAGCUACCACUCCAAUACACGACUACUGUAUGUCCAAACUAUGCACUAUGAUUGUGGAAUUGUCCAGUCCGUUUAGAAGCUAGCUAGUGUCAGCGUAAAGUGUAAACCCUUUACAAUAAUCUCAUCCACUCCUCCAAAAAUCAACAUCACUAUCACUAGUGUCUUUCACCAGGAUCCCAUUGAUAUUUGUGACAUUCAUUUGGAGAUAAAUUAAAUGAAGCCUAGUUUGGUAU